CGUCAUACAGUGUGGCUUGUAAUAUUCGUGAAUUUGUUGUUUUGCUAAAUCAUAAUAAAAGUAUUGUAAAUUUAUAUUCCAAAGAUGGUGCACAAGAAGAUAACCAUGGAAGGAUCAUUAUUCGAACCUACCCUAUACAUUGUGAAGGGUAUGUGUAUACUAGACAAUGACGGUAACAGAAUCCUGGCCAAGUAUUACGACAGCGACAUCUUGCCCACUACCAAGGAACAGAAGGCCUUUGAAAAGAACCUUUUCAAUAAAACACACAGGGCGAAUGCAGAAAUUAUAAUGUUGGAUGGUCUGACCUGCGUUUACAAGAAUAAUGUUGAUCUGUUUUUCUACGUCAUGGGGAGCUCACAUGAGAAUGAGCUAAUCCUCCAAUCAGUACUGAACGCGCUGUACGAGUCAGUCAGCAUUUUGCUGAGAAGAAAUGUCGAGAAACGGACAAUACUGGACAAUUUGGAUGCUGUCAUGCUGGCAUUCGACGAGAUUUGUGAUGGCGGCGUAAUCCUGGACUCGGAUCCCACAUCGAUAGUGUCUAGAGCGGCUCUCCGUACUGAAGACGUACCCCUCGGCGAACAAACAGUUGCGCAGGUCCUACAAUCGGCAAAGGAGCAACUAAAGUGGUCGCUUUUGAAAUAAAACAAUUUUAAUUUAACAUUUAUUUAAUAUACAAAUAUAAAUUAUAUACAAAUAAUGAAAUAAACUAUUGAUUACGUAACA